AUGUUGGCCCGCCGGCAUGACCCCGAGUCACCAGGCCCAGGACGCGGCCCGAAUCGACUGGUCCUGUGGGUUGAGGGCGCGUUCAACCGACUCAACUGGGCCGCAUCAGAGGCGGGGGAGAUGCCGCUCGCUGAUCCGCUCGCUCCGCUGCGCGCCUGGCUCGGCGAGGAGCCGUGGGACGCCGACGACGAGACGAGCUCUAUCGUCGAGUUUCCCGUCGUCUGUAACGGCGACUACGCCGCCCUCAUCGGCGUGCUGAAUGCCUGCUCGCUGCGGUACGUCGACCUGCGGUACGACCGCUUCCCGCUCGAAGGAGACCCGGCGCACCUCGGCCGCGCGCUCCUCGACGGCCUGACCGCGCCGGUACAGGAGCUCGACGCGCACGUCACCGAGUCGUCGAUGUACUACUCGGCCUCGGACGCGUCGCUCGACUCGCUGCUCGGCUACCUCUUGUCCGAGCGCGGUAACCGCGCACAAGUCGUCAACGUGUACACUGCGCACCUGGACGCCGUGCAGCUCGCCCGCCUCGGCGACGCGGUCGAGCGGCACGCGUGCAUCGAGGACGCGCGUGCCUCGAGGACCGAGUACAUCGACGCGUUGGAGGACAGCGAGCGUACCGCGCAGCAUGUGCGUCUGAAGGGCUUGUUCGCGCGCAACAAGGAGCGGAACGAGCGUGUGCGGGUUGCGGCGUUGCGCGCGCUCUCUCCGGCGAGGGUACUCCUCCACGCGAAGCAGGGUGGUGAUGCCUCUGCGUUCGCGCGCCUCCCGAACGAGGUGGUGCAGCAUAUCGUGCGCAUGACGGAGGACGACCUCAGCGACAGGCAGUGGGGAACCCUCCUCCGCCAUGUCGCCGACCGGGCGGCGUCUGCGGCCGUGUUCGCUGAAGUCCGGCGCCUUGAGAUGCUCGAGGAGAUGGACGGGCGCGAGAUUGCCGACGAGUGGCUGUACAACGGCGGCUUCUGGUACGAGGGCACGGCAUGA